UCCAGUCUCAUGUGCGCGACGUCUUCUCUCGUUUGGCCGAUCUGGACGAUGAGCUGGACUCCCUCUGCCCCGUGGGGAGGGACGCAGACUCCCUCUCCUCCCAGGCAGACGUGCUCAAAGGGUUCCUGUCCCGUUUGAGCACAGUGAGGUCCCAGCUCGAGGCCCACGCCGCCGAAUGUACCAACAUGCUCCGAAGAGAGGGGUCAUCUCCAGACCUGCUCGCCCUCAGGAGAGAGAGACCGAGGCGCUGAGUCGACAGGCGGGCAAGCUGAGUGAGCGUGGUCAGGCCCGCUUGGAUCAGAUCGAGGAUGCUUCUGAGCGCGUGCGGGACUUUUACCGCCUGGUCUCCGAGCUGCAAAGCAUGCUGGGACGGGCGGAGGAGGGGCUGGAGGCUCAGGCCGUGGUGGGGACAGAGGUGGACACCAUCAAACAGCAGCUACACGAGUUCAAGCUGGAAGUAAAACCCAGACUUAACUCUAUUCUUUUUAAUGACUGCCUAAUUCCCAUUCCUGGUAUUUUUUCCCAGGAGAAUGGGAGGAGCCGCCUGCAGAAGACCCAGGAGGAGGUGGAGGAGGUCAAAAUCAUCAUGGUGGACAAUUUAAACAAAGCAGAUGAGAGAGCGGGCAAACUCACCGAUCUGGAGGAGCGAGCUGACAAUCUGCUGCUAAAGAGUAAAGCCUUUGAGAAGACAACUGUGAAGGUGAAGCAACAGAAACAAUGGGAGAACAACAAGAUGAAAAUCAUUUUUGUUGCUAUUGGAAUCGCAGUCGGAGCCAUCAUAAUUGGACUCAUAGUGUACGCUAUUGUGCAAAGUACACAGAAUUAAGUUGUUUUCUGACAUGGACUAAAAUGGUUGAGGUAGAAGUUGUGUAAAGAUAAGUGUUGUGCUGUUUUACCUGAACUUCUUACUCCUCUGUUUUGUGGAGAUAUUUAUGGACGACAGACUCCACGUUUUAUUACCCUCAGUUGAUUACGGUACCACUCACAUGUCAGCGGCUGCACUGGUAACACGCUGAGCAUAUAGUAAACUUGUCCACAUAACAACUGAAAAAAAAGAACUAUUAUUAGUCCUCCCUUUUAAACAGUGUUAACUAUAUUGACAUAUUUGCAAAGAUAUUUAGUAAAAUCUGUGCCUAAUAAUAUUUUUUCAAAGUAGAUGUCUUGCUUCGUGACACAACAUCACUAUAGAGUAGACACUGACAAGAUUUGGUUGGUGUGGAACAUCUAACCCACUGCACCAAACAAAUUCAAUAAGUUAUGAAUGUGGACAAUUUGAAUUUAUGGCUCAGUACUAGGACUGAAUAUUACAUUUGGAAACUGGUAUAAGUUAACAAUCUCAUAUAAUUUUAAUUAGUUUUCACAUGUUGGUUCUCACUGUCACUCAAUAUUGAUUAUUGGAAAUUCAAAGCCACAUAAGUGAAAUAUUUAUGUGGACAAUAACUAUUGAGUGAAUUGAUUGUAAUGAUUGUGUUUUAUCACUGCAACAUUUUAGUAGGUUUAGGUCGUGGUGUUAAAAAAAGUUAGAAUGGUAAGAAAUUGGCCUUGAUCAAAGCUGUUGUAUUUUAGUUGGACAGAGAAAUUACAGUGUAUAAUAUAAAAUCACCAGUUAUACUGUCAAAGUACAACAAACAUUUGGACAGGCCAAAAAUAUUGUAAUAUAAUACUGAAUAACAAGCAUUAUUGCUAAUUUUAAGAGCUUCAGAUGAGGAAAGAGUUUUUAUUUUAAAAUGUUGUCAUUUGGAGAUUUUGUCUUUGUUUCGAUAAAUAAAAGAAGGUCUAUGUGAA